GGGUUUUUAAAGCGUUGCAAGUGUUUAUUAGUUGCAUUUGAUCACAAGGAACAAAAACAACACGACCAAACAACCAGGUCGACUACUGUAGUGAUGAAGUUCAUUUUGGUUUUCGUUUUCGUCUUUUCUUUCCACGUGUUGAUGCUGUUGGCCAAGGAUAUUCCCCACCAAGACGAUAGCAGCAAAGUGCUUGCGUCGAAUCCAGAAAGUGAUCUGUCGGUAAAUUAUCGUUUUGAUCCGCAAAACAGACGCCUUCCAAGAGGUUGGUUGACUCGUGUACAGUGUGCUUACUAUUCCUCAUUCUUCCUACAGUCGAUCAUAAAGUGAUCUUGACAACUUAUCCUGCGUAUAUUUUAAGGACCAAGCUCAAUUUUCUUUAUUUUUUUGGUAAUCAACAACUAUAUCUCCUUCAUAGAAAUUAAGAACCUUAUUAAGAACCUACUCAGCCUAAAUUGGCAAUAACUGCCCCAAAAUAGAGAUUUUUGCCAGACUUCAAAAAAUUUAGGUUGUUAUAUGCGGUGUUUACUGUAUUAGUCUCCAUCUUCAGGAAAAGAAGAGCAAACGAAAGCUGCGACCAGUUGAAAAACCGCCUUUGUGUGGAUUCCCACUCUCGCGCAAUUUUUACGAGCGCACGCACGAAAUUUUACGCGCGUAAAUAAAAUACAGGCGAUGUAUGGAAGGUCACGCGUAAAAGUAAAAGUUCAACCUCGCUCAACUUUAACGUUUACGCCUGGCCUUUCAUACAUUGCCUCUAGUUAAUUUACGCACGUGCCCGCUUAAAAAUUACGCAACAGUGGAUAAUUUACCCUCAGGAACGAAGAACCUCUCACUAACUGAAGAGAGACGAUUUCACUUUAGUGUGCUCGCGUGUUACGUUUAGCUCGCUGUGAACUGGUUAGGAAACUGGUAACUCUGAUACUGAUUCAAAGUGACUCAAUAAUUUCAUAGUUUGUCUACAGGCAAUAUGGAAUGUUUUUAGUAGCUGAAUAAAAGGCACCAAUUUGGAUUAAUCAUCUUUAACUUUGCUGAGAAGACUCAAUGUUUAAGAUAUAAAAUUAAAACUUUUGGAAAAGCAAAAAAAAAAACAAGGAGAUAAGGUGAGAUUUCAUGUCAAGUUUUAAUUAAAUUACAGGUAGAAAACCAGUCUGUCUAGGAAACAAAAAGUAUCUUAAUUGAUCUCCGUUAAAUCGACUUUCAGGUCGCUGGACCAAAGUAAAUACAAGGCCGGUGUGUUUUGGAACCAGAAAAAACCAGUUUGGAAGAUUCUACGUUCGAACGGGUAGGUUAAUCGCCAUAAAGCUGGUUCAUCGGUACGGUAGCGUGACUUGCAACAUAAACAACGUCAACUCGACUUUGUCUAACUGGGGCUGUGGGAGCACCGAGGUUAACGUGGUGGUUACAACCUCGCGCAAUACUAUACUACUACCACCAAGAAAGUUCCUCAGUAAAGACAAGUUCCGCGCCCGGCUGAAAUGGUCAGUGAUUCCCGGAUAUAAUUCCUUUUCGCCGAGGCUUGUUCUGCGGUUUUUCCCGUCUCCUUUUCCAGUGACAAGGAGCCAAGAAUUACGCUUGUGGUACGGUGAAGACCUGAUGGAUUUUGCCGAAGAAGACAACCGAGGAUCAUCGUGCGUUGAUGUUUUUGCUCUUUAUGCAUGAAGAGGCGCCCUUACUACCUUUUCUAAGGGGUAUAAAAUUGUGUAAGAGGAAAUAAAGAAAUUUUGCUUAAUCGUAAAUUUCACUGGACUUUUGCUCGACUUGAACUGUGCUAACUUUGUAAUGUCCAUUUCAAACUUUCUUCCAAUACGUUUUUUUAAAUAAGGUAACUAAGUAAAGUUUUAGUUUUAAAACAUAUAAAUGAAUCCUACCCAUUGUAACAGUGUGGCAGUAAACUGAC